CUCGUUUUUUUUUUUUCUUUGGAUUAUAUGGUUAUGCCCUCUUCUAUGCAAAUGCAGUCCAUCUCGGGCAUCAUUACGCAGAUUCAUGUCACUAUAGAUGAAGUACCACCUGCUCUUGUAGGGGCUUCCAUUAAUGUGAUCGACGAUAAAGUUUAUGUAUUUGCAGGUCGACUUGCCACGUCUCGCAAAAUGACCAACUUUCUUUAUGUGUUGGAUCUCAACACACUCUGUUGGAGUCGACAUAUCCCACCACCUGAUUCAGACAAACCGCCUAAAGCACGCUAUUUUCAUUCAGCCAGUGUCUAUCAGAACCAACUCAUUGUUUUUGGCGGCAUGGGCUAUUCUUCUCGCAUGUCUGCAGAAGGUGGUCUGGCUGUAUUGGAUGAUGUGGCCAUUUUGGAUAUUGAAACCAUGUGCUGGAAACGACCCACAAUUCAACCCAGCCUGUAUUCACCUCAGUCUCGUUAUGCUCAUUUGAGUGCAGUCAUUGAAGAUAAAUUGGUCGUGAUGGGUGGACAAGAUAUUCAGAAUAACUAUCUAGAUGAAAUCAACGUACUGAAUCUACGGACAUUUGAAUGGGAACAAGUUAAGACAUUAGAGAAACAUGUAGGUGCUUAUCGAUCCAUUGCUGUCACUGCACCUACCAGUGCUCGAUUUCCUAUUCAACCACAGCAUGAAGAUAUCUCGACUGAAGAAACAGCCACUGAUCCAGCAGACACCAACGGACAACGAGCCAUCAAUGUACAAUCAGAAGAAGAUGCCAGUCCUAUCUAUCUCUAUACAAACUACAACUUUUCUGAUGUCAAACGAGAAUUACAGCUGAUUUAUUCGUCCAGUCAGGCUACACAGUCUAUUGUGGUAGAAGAGUAUUCAAACUACAUGAAUGGGUCCACCAUGCCACCCGGACUACGCUUCCCUACAGGUCAUACAUUAGGCAAUCAUUUGAUUUUAGCAGGCACUUAUCUUUCACCUCAAUCUCAAUCUUAUACGAUCUGGUCGCUUGAUUUAACCAAGUUAACAUGGUCUCGUAUUGAAACAGGCAGUGUAUUCACCACAGGCAGUUGGAACAAGGGUGUGUUGCAUGAAAGAUCAAAUCGAUUCCUUGUGUUUGGUAAUUCAAAUCGUCGUUUGAUGGAUGACUAUAAUCAUCGCCAGAUCAACUUUGACCAUCUUGCCAUGGUGGAUUUGGAAGCAUUUGGUGUGUAUGCUUUACCCAAGGCCACUUGUUCUUCAUUGGCUCAAGAAAUGGGACUUCGGUUGCUGAAUGAACCUGCUGUGUCUGAUUUCCAUAUCAUCACACAGGACAAUAUAAGUAUUCCAGUCAAUUCAGCUGUCUUGUGCCAACGGUGGCCUUAUUUUGCUCGAUUGAUGAAGCAUAAUGUCACGCAUGGAGAAGAACUGGUCAAGAGCCAUUACAUGUCCUUUCCUUACCCACAUACAGUCGUUAUUGCCUUGUUGCAGUUUGUUUAUACCGACAAUCUAUUGACUGCUCAACAAUACCAACCUCAUAUCUUGUCUCAAUUGCUGUUGUUGUCAGACAUGUAUGAUAUUCCUCGUCUUUGUGAACUAACUACCCAUGCACUUCAUCAAAUGCUGAAUAUGUCGACUGCUCCUUUGAUUUUUGAGACUGCUGCAUUAUCCCAUCAGACCAGUCUACAGAUACGCGCCUUAAAGAUGAUGAUUGCAGCUAAGAAAAUGAUACAACAACAGCAACAACAAACAAGAUCAAGAACGGUUUCUACACCCACUCAUAUGACAGAUCAACCACCCCCAGUGUCUCCUACAACUUCUGUGUCUUCUAGAGAAUAUGUCUCAAGUAAUACAGCAUCUCCUACAUUACAAUCCUUUCGCGUCAGAAAACCUUCUCUCACCAGUAAUCAUCGCCCAACACCCCCAUCACAAAAGACAAAAGAGAAAAAGAAAAAGAAGGCCUUUUUGGAAGCAUUUGGUAAACUGUCUUCCAUUUCAAAAUAA